AUGGGUUCUGUUCCCAAGGUCAAGCGCUAUGUGCUUGUUGGCACAGGCGUCCGCUCUGCCUUCUACUACGAGAGCAUCCUGCGCGACUUCAAGGAUUCGGCCAAACUGUGUGCCAUCUGCGACACCAACACCACGCGCAUGAACGCCAUCAACGACCACAUCGAGGAGAUCAGCGGCGAGCGCGUCGCGACCUACAAGGCCGAGGACUUUGACAAGAUGGUCAAGGAGCAGGAGGCCGAUGUCGUCAUUGUCACCACCAUUGACCGCGUCCACCACAUCUACUGCAUCCGCGCCAUGGAGCUGGGCUGCGACGCCAUCACGGAGAAGCCCAUGACCAUUGACGCGGAGAAGCUGCAACUCAUGAUUGAUGCCGAGAAGCGUACAGGCAAGCACGUCCGCGUGCUGUUCAACUACCGCUACGCGCCGCACCACACCAAGGUGCGCGAGCUCAUUGCCUCGGGCGUCAUUGGCGAGGUCUCGACCGUGCACAUGGACUGGAUCCUGGACUGCGCGCAUGGCUCCGACUUUAUGCGCCGCUGGCACCGCGACAAGGCCAACAGCGGCGGCAUCCAGAUGCACAAGUCCAUCCACCACUUUGACCUGGUGCACUUUUGGCUCGGCACGGAGCCCGAGACGGUGUACUGCGUAGGCGGCCUGCGCUUCUACGGCAAGGAGAACGCCGAGGCCCGUGGCGUCGCCAACCUGGGUGAGCGCUACCUCAACAACGAGGCCGCCAAGGAAGAUCCCUUUGCCUUUGACAUUGGUGCCAGCCCCCGCCUCAAGAAGCUGUACCUGGACGCCGAGCACGAGGACGGCUACAUUCGCGACCGCAACUGCUUCACCGAGGGCAUCACCAUCGAAGACACGCUGUCCAUGAUUGUCACCUACAAGAACCGCGCCACCAUGACGUACAACACGUAUGCAUUCGCUCCGUGGGAGGGCUACCGGUGUGUCUUCAACGGCACCAAGGGCCGGUUGGAGAUUAACGUCUUUGAGACGGGCUACUCGGCCGCCGGCGACCCGAUUGCCAGCAAGGUCAUUGAGCAGCAGCGCGACUACGUGCAGGGCGGUGUCGAAGAGACCAAGAUUAUCGUCUAUCCGCUCUUCGCAGAGCCGUACGCGGUCGACGUUGUCAAGGCCGAGGGUGGCCACGGUGGUGGCGACCCAGUGCUGCUACGCGAUGUCCUGGUUGGCGACAAGGAGGACGAGUUCAAGCGCGCCGCGUUCAUCCGCGAUGGCGGAAACGCCGUGCUCGUUGGUGUGGGUGCCAAUAUCUCCAUGGAGAGCGGCGCCCCGGUCAAGAUCCAGGAACUUGUGAAGUGGUAA